UGCUUAUCCAACGAGACAUUAUCUUCAACACUGCUGAAGCAGCACUGCAAUGGCGUCGCUCAUACUCGGUGCUCCUCCUCGAGUCGCCGUGGCUUCAUCUCUCAGUGUCUCUUCUUCACGCUUAUCAUCUUCUCGCUCCGAAACCGUUGGAGUCUCUGUCUCAUGCUUCACGCCGUCUCUGUCUCUCUCUGCCCCUACCUCAGCCUCUAUUCCAUUCGUGUACUGUGGCCGGGGAGACAGGAAAACAGCGAAGGGAAAGCGUUUCAGCCACUCGUUCGGAAAUGCGAGGCCUCGUAACAAGAAGAAGGGAAGAGGACCGCCGAGAUUGCCGGUGCCUCCGUCGCCGCCGAGGAAGGAUAAGUUCGACGACGGAGAGAAAAUCAAAAUUGAAAUCGAUGAGUCUCUCUUCUCCAAUUAGAACUCUAAUUCAUCUCUGUAAUUCCGAGUAGAGGCCUUGAUGCUGCGACUCUUUCGUUGUUAAACAUCUAUAAUUCCUCUUGUUUCUAAUGAAUCUCUCGUUGUUUCUGUAAAUCCUAUGCUUUGGUU